UCCGCCGCACGAUCAGCCCGCACUCCCUCCAAGAAGUUCGUCUUACUGCCGUCUUUUCGGGAUUAUCUUGAGUUUUGGAUUUCUUUUUUGGCCCGUGGGUCGCCGGUUUCCAUGAUCCAUGGGUCUUCCCAGAUACUAGCCGCCUUGGGGCAUGUUCGUGGAGUGGAGUCCGGCGGACCCGUGGGACUCAGUCUAAGUGUAAAGUGGCUGUCGGUACCGGAGUUCGCGCGAGGCUCUUCCUGAAGCGAUGCGAUGGGGGCUGGAGCCUUAACCAUCUGUCACAACCGGGCCGCGGCGCAGAUCCGGGAGGACGUCAAGAAGAUGGUGCAGCUGCCGCUGCUGAGACAGGGUCGCCCCGGCGCCAGGGACCGCAGGCUGUUCGGGGUCCCCCUGCUGGAGCUGAAGGCGCUGGGCCUGGCUGCGGACGGCGUGCCUUGGGUCGUCGGCAUCAUGGUGGAGUUCCUGCGGGAACAUGCCCUGCAGCAAGAGGGUCUUUUCCGGGUGAAUGGGAAUGUGCGGGUGGCGGAGGCCCUCCGGCAAAGGUUCGAGAGCGGGGAGGACGUGAACCUGCUCCAGGAGGGCGACGUGUGUGUGGUGGCCAGCCUGCUGAAGCAGUUCCUGAGGGAGCUGCCCGAGGGUGUUGUUACCUCCGACCUCCAGGCCGCCCUCCUCCAGCUGUACCAAGAAUGCGGUGAAGAGCAGUGCGGUCAGGCGUUGAGGGACCUCCUUCACGGACUGCCCGACGUCCACUAUGACCUGCUGCGGUACCUCUGCCGCUUCCUGACCCAGGUGGCCGAGCAGCACCAGCACAACCGGAUGACGGCGCUCAACCUGGCCACCGUCUUCGGGCCAAAUGUCUUCCAUGUUUCGCCCGGGUUCGAUGGAAUGAGGGAGCAGAACAUAUGCAAUAAAAUCAUGGCCAAGCUGAUCCAGGGGUACGGGGACAUCUUCGAGAACGACGGUGGCCGUGGGGACGCCAAAGAGGAGCACCGACAAAUCAUUACUGUCAAAGAGGCCCAUGAGAGCCAGCUUGCUCCUGAGGAUUCGCCCAGGAAGUCGGCCACGGAGGAGCCCACACCUGUCCCGAGGAAGAAGAAGUUUGUCCAGGGCGGUCCACCAGAACACAGCGCUCCUCCAACUGAGCCGGCCAGCGAAGACCUUCAUUCCACCUUGAAGAAGAAGAAGAAGAAAAAGGUGAAGAAAGUGAGACGUGACGACACCCCCAGAGACGUGCCCCAGCCCCCCCAGUCCGACGGCUUGCCGCACCAGCGCCCCCUGCCCACACCCAGGACCAGAUCUGUGCCAGGGGACAUGGACUUGUCCAGCGAUGACUUGAUGUCUCCCAGAAGCUCAGAGACCCUGAACAGCAGCCACGAGGACGACGACAGACCCAUAUCUCCGUUCUACAUGAGCGCGCUGCCAUCGUCUCCACAGCACAGGGCAAAGGCCGCAGAUGUCCUGGAGAGGACCGUCAAGUCUGCCGUGGAGCAGCACCUCUUUGGCGGACGUGUCUGCGGGGGUCAAAGUUCAGAGGACUCGGAGCAAGUAGCACGGGCCCCCCCAGCCCCUCCGACCCCCACGGCGCGCCAGAGGCGACGGCAGCAGAGGGAGCAGCUGCAGGAGCAGAGACACAACAACACGGAGGACGGCGACAAGGAGAACAUCCCGGCGGUGCUCGAUACUCCCGGGGAGGGGGACAGGAGGCUGGGUCGCCAGGGUCACACCCAGGGAAGCCCGAGGUUGAGGCAGCCCAGAGAGAACCCCACGCUGGCCCAGCUCCAGGACAACCAGCACUCACCCUCUGCGGAGGAAUGUCUAAGCGCAUCUCCGGCACAAGACCGAACAGGAGCAUCCGACACGGAGGCGGCGGACAGACGGAGGGACGGCCGCAAGGAAAGCGACUCGGGACUACCGUCGCAGACGUUGGCGAUGAAGAUCCAGGAGACGCAGAGCGAGGUGGGGAGGGCGCCGCGAGGCCCCCAGACGGACGCCUGCGAGGACGUGCCCCGCCUGGACCUGUCGGCGCUCACGGAGGACAGCCAUUGGGGAGAUCCAUCCUUCUUUACGGCCCCUUCCCUCGAUUUCAAAAGCGUUUGCCAGCUGAGUUGCUGUGAGGAGCCGGUGCCGGCAUACUCCUCGUGGCAGAGAGAGAGCAUGGACCGCGAGGAGGCACGUUUGUCUCCGCACACCGGUGGCCGUCCAAUCCGUCAACUGCUCCAGGAGGACAGCGACCCCAUGCUGUCCCCACGCUUCCAUUCGUACGGCCACUGUCCGCAGUAUCUGGAGGACACCGAGGUGCCCCCCUCACCACCCAACACCCACCCCUUCAUGAGCCGGAGACGCAGCUCCUCCCUGGGCUCCUGCGAAGAUGACCGCGAGGAGCUGACCUCCGCCCAGCUCUCCAAGAAGAUCCACGCCCUGAAGAGGAAGAUACGGAAGUACGAGGAGAAAUUCGAGGAGGAGCACAAGUACAGGCCCUCCCACAGUGACAAGGCAGAGAACCCUGAGGUGUUCAGGUGGAUGAACGAGCUCUCCAAGCUUCGCAAAGAGCUCAAAGAGCACCAGCUUAUGAAGUCAGAGGAGGACCUGCCCCCGCUGACCCGGCAGCGCAGCAACACGCUGCCCAAGAGCUUCGGCUCGCAGCUGGACAGGAGGCCCCAGGAGAAGGCGCCCAAGCCGCCUGUGGAGAACACCUUGGAGGGGGUGCAGAAGAAGCUGCAGGAGAAGAGGGAGGAGGCGGGACGGCCAGAGGACAUCAAAGAUAUGACACGGGAGCAGAUCGUCGCAGAGAAGGUGGCUUUGCAGAAAGCCCUGCUGUACUACGAGAGCAUCCAUGGCAGACCGGUCACAAACAGCGAGAGGCAGAUCAUGAAGCCGCUCUACGACCGAUACCGGCUGGUCAAGCAGAUCCUGUGCCGAGCUUCAGCCAUCCCCGUCAUCGGCUCCCCCUCCAGCAAGCGCAGAGGUCCUCUGCUCCAGCCCAUUAUCGAGGGCGUGCCCGCGCUCUUCUUCGACAACGUCAAGGAGGAGGAGGACGGAUCCGAGGAUGACGGCGACGCCAAGACCCCGUUGGGCAUCCCCAUCAAGUCAGACUUCAGCAUGCUGGGUUUGCUGGACCACCUGGACGAGGACGUGGACGGCUUCGUGUCCCCGGUGGACGAACUGUCGCCCACCAAGAACAGCACGGACAUGCGGCUCUCUAACCUCCACUCUGCUACCAUGGAGGAGCUCCUGGAGCAGCUCCAAGAGGCACGGGAGGAGAAAAAGAGGCUUCGCAAGAACCUCCGAGAAUUUGAAGAUCAGUUUUUCCGGCAAAAUGGAAGAAACGUGCAGAAGGAGGACCGCUCGCCCUUGGCUGAGGAGUACAGCGAGUACAAGCAUGUCAAAGCUAAGCUGCGGCUCCUCGAGGUCCUCAUCAGCAAAAGAGACUCGUCCAAGUUCAUCUAAUCCCGUCUCCAAUGACUGAAGGACACGGUCGCUAGAGAAAGCACACCAUAACCAUAAGCUUAAUACAACGUACGGAAUGAGGAGCGGUCAGAGCGAGGAGCAGCCUGAGAGGAUCAACGUCCAGCGCGGCUGCAGUUCCGAUUCCUUUUUGGCUGCUUUUUUUGUCUUCAUCGAAAGGGACGAACUGUCCGUGUUCUUUCAGCCACUGAAUAGCGCCCCCAGCAGGCAGCUCUGCCCCAUUUCUGGGAAGCCGCGCAAAGCGAACGGUUUUGUUCCUUGAACUUCUUGUGACUCCAGGCUCUGGAGGAGAGGUCCUGCUCAUUGCACACAACUUUAGAGAAGAUCCAUAAACUUUUUUCAUUCUUUUGUGCAGCUGACUAAUUUACCCAGAGCUCCUUAAAAGGAAUCAAUAAUCAAUUUGAUAAAGAAGUUAUAAAAUGUAUUUUACAGUUACAACUUACUUCUUUUAAACACUCUCCACUUGAUCACUGAUAUAAUUAGAAGUUUUCUUCUAAAUCAAUUUUAUGCAGCACUAUUUUUUUUGGGGGGGGGAGUCAAAUUUGUAGUGUAUUGUUUUGGACAAUUUUUUUGCAAUUUAGACUCUUGAAUGAAUGAAUGAAUGAAUGAAUGAAUUUCAGUAGCCAGAAAUAUAAAGUGAGAAUUGCAAAAUGUCACUAAAUGUCUAUGUACAGAAUGAGCAUGCAAACCAAACAUGAAAAGGACUACACCCACGUGUUUGGCGUACCACCUGCUCCCCUUUCCAAACCAUAUAAGCUGGUUUUUCUUUACAGUGUAUUAUUAUGUAUCAUGUUUAGAGUAGAAUGGCUUACCGGUGCAGCGGAGUCCUGCGCCUACGACAGUCGAUGCUGAAUGUAAUCCCCAGUCCAGAUCUGGGAUCCAAAUUGCAGCCAUGUAAUACUGUGCAUUAACAGUAAGAAUAGGCCCCUUUGUGUAGUUUUUUUUGCAUUAUGAAAGACUUUCAUAAUUGUAAGCCUCAGGAGCAGAGGGAUGAAGAGUAUUAAUUUCUUAUGCGCCAACAGCUAGAAUUUACACGGCGUAUGCUGUUGGUUCUGUCGUUUCCUGCUGUGUGUUAUGAUCCAAAGAUAAUUAUAUAUGUGCUCCCCAAAAGAACAAAAUGGUUGACACCGAUGUGUGUGUUUGCGCUAUGGACUGAAGCACACAGCAAUCUAACUUUUAUUUGGUUUCCAACCCAUUUGAUGUUUUUGCUUGUUUGAGCGUUUUUUUU